CUGCCUUGGUGGAAAAAGGUUUUAUACCCCAUGUAGUAACCCAUGUAGUGUCGUCAGGCCCUUUGGUCAUUGUUAAAAGCCGAAGGUGGGUGGAAUUGGGUGGAGUCUUCAAUGGGUGGAUCAAGAACUGGCUUUCAGUGGGUAGGCUACCAAAAAGGGAUGCUCAAUGUGUUCGAAAAUACCGCAAUGCUUAAUAAUUGGUCGACACUGAAAGUUUGUGGAUAUUGUCUUUUGUACACCCGUCUAAAGGACUCGGAAUAUAUGCUUAUUUUUCUGCAUUCUCCUCUUUCAACCUAGCCUACACUGCAGUAACCGCCGCUACUGUACCCACAUUGGAUUAGAGGGGUAGAGAACGUCAGCGUCCGUAGUAGGCAUCACAUCACAUCAGCAAUACCCAAAUUGGGACUAGCCGAGGCCGAUGAACAAGCCUUAUCUCACACAGAGGAUCCGAAGUCAAUGAAGACAUGGAUUAAUUGCGUGUGGUGACGAGAAAACGAUCAGUAUUCAGGGUGUGGACUUUAGCUCUCGAGGGUCAUCUUGUGCAGAUCGUUUGAAAUCUACCGGUUCGAAUCACAGCAGCAUACUAGAUAGCUACAGUUGCUAGUCAAGCAAUGCAUCGCCGAUUGACAUUUUAGCUAACACGUUACUGUAGCGGGCUAACUGUACCCCGGCUGGCUAGCCUCUUAAACAUCAGCAGUGUUACUUUAAUCGCCAACAAAUUUUCGCCAAGCAAAACAUGGAGACUUGUUUAAAUGUAAGCAGUCAAGUACGUUAAUUGAGUGAUAGUGUUCUGAAUUCAAUAAACGUUAUGACCCCAUAGUCCUCUGUUACAAAUCCGACUGUUAGCUAAACCUAUUCUCUGUAGUCAGCAGUAUCAAGGUGACGGACAAAUGGAAGUAAGCUAACGCUAGCUAGCUAGCUAGCAUCACUGGACCUGUGAGCUAACUGGCAGUGCACAGAAAACCGUGGUUACCAUGGCGGUAAUGAGUGCUGUGGAAUGUGGCAUCAGUGAGAACCCAACGUUACCAAGAUGAAGACUUUUUUUCCAAUAAACCGAUGGCUACUGGUUUGGUGUUAUGCAGACAAUUAGAUGCCACAUGUAAUGUAUAUCACAGGCUUACACCAUGUGUGUGGUUGGCCUCGUAUAUGUCCAUCCCUGCGGAUGACACCGGUCACUGUUUUUAAAAGCAAACAGCGGGAUAAAAGCGCUGUUGCCGGGUAGUGGUGCUGAAACGAGAGGACUGAUUUAGUUGUUACAGUAGUUAGAAACGAUCUAGAGCUAGCUGCACCAGCUAGCCUAGGUAUCUGGCUAGAUAUGUAGCCAGCUUAAGCAGCACAAUAAUUAGAAACACCACAGAUCGAUACCAAUGGUGUCUAAUAAAUUUUUAUUCGCAAUAAUUCUGUUAAAUGUGUAUAUAGGUGUACAGUCGUUUUUUUACUUUUUUGGUGGCGUGGUUUUAACAGUUCUGGUUGCUAUGGCAUUUUUAAAUGGCCCUAGACUAUUAGACUGGGCCAAUUCACCUCCCCAUCUUCAAUUCAACAAAUACGUACUAACUGGAUACAGACCGAUCUCCUCAGUGCAAGACUGUAUCAGAAGCCUGUUUUAUCUGCACAACGAACUGGGAAACAUUUACACACAUGGCAUCCCCCUGCUCUGCUUCCUGGUCCUCCUUCCUCUCAACAUCCCCUGGUCCCAGAUCAACGUCACCUGGCUGGGCGUGGUCCACUUCUUGGCCUGCCUGUCGCCCCAGCUCGGCUCCGUGGUCUACCACCUCUUCAUGAACCACGAGGGAGGGGAGCCUGUCUACCACACCCUUCUUACCCUGGACAUGUGUGGCAUCUGCAUGAUCAACACACUCGGGGCUCUGCCCAUCGUCUACAGCACACUCCUCUGCUACCCCUUCACCCGCUCCGUGGCUCUGUUAGUCUACAUCCUCCUGUCCAGCUACGCCAUCUACUGUGCCAUCACGGCUCGGAGCAGCGUGAGGCGCCUGCGUUCCUUCGCCUGGCAGGCCCUGUUCCGCUUCUCCUUCUUCCUGCUGCGCUGGGUGGGCGUGGGCGGCGGCAGCCCCACCUCGCUGCGCCACUUCCUCACCAUGGACGCGCUGGCCUUACUGGGCGGUGUCAUCAACAUCGCGCGCAUCCCAGAGCGCUUCCGCCCGGGCCUGUUUGACUACUGGUGCAACAGCCACCAGAUCAUGCAUGUACUGGUGGUGGGGUCUAUUCUCUACCUGCAUUGGGGGGUACUGGAUGACUUGCUCUGGAUCAACAGCUACCACUGUCCCUCAGACUGAUACACCCCCAGGUGCAGCAGGAGCCUACAGGGUUUUAACAGGGACCUCUAGGGGUGGGGGGGUGGGGGGGGGGAGAGGACUUGAGGGUGAAGGGAAAAGACGUUCCCGUGAAACUAAGUGACGGAGGAUGUUUGGAGAGUUAAAGGUUGGACGGGCUAAACCAGGAAGUGCUGCAUUCAUAAAGCUGUGCAUGACAGGUGAGGUGAAGUGUUUGGCCCUUCAUGCACUCAAACCUAGAAUGUCCAUAUCUCCGUCAAUCUUGUUUGUGUAUUUGUUAGUUGUUUUGUAAAAACAAACCAUGACCAGAGGAUAUUGUAACCACACAAACACACACACACACACACACACAAAAGUACACUUUAAUGGUUAGAUAUCAAUGUUUCUGAAACACUUCUUCACUCCCAUCUUUAGUAUGUGAAACACCACCUGAGCCAUAGUAGACUACUUUGACUAAGAUGCUUAUCCUCCAUCAUUCAUAAUCACUCAAGCAGAAAGAUCAUUUGACUAAAUGAUAUCAUACUCAUCGAGAAGGAAGUUCAUUCUUUCCACCUCGUUUUUGUGACCUAUGCAGCAUAUCCGCUUUUGAAUGAACAUAAUAUACUUACAACAGAUACAUCGCACACAAGUACACCAAGGCUAGUAGUGAUGCACAUGUAAUGACCAUCACUCCCAGCCCAGUCUCAAAGUCCUAUGGAACUACUUGAGUUUCUGUAUUUUAAUUUAUUAGAGGAAUAUCUUCAUUUUAUUGUUUUGUCCAUAUUUAUGUCUGUCUUACUUGGUCCUUUUGUCUUUCAUCUGCACUUGUUUUUUUUUACAUGUUUUCCUUUCUGCCCCUAUUUGAGUCUGUAUCUCACAGUUUUUGUUGUGUGAUUUGGUGGAAAUUCAUUAGGAAUGGGUGAGGGGGUUCAUUUCCUGGUUUGUUAGUGAGCUGCUUUUAAGGUACUUAUAGACUACAUUGUCAAUGGUGAGGUUGGUGGUGCUGUCCACAAGAGUGCUGCUUUUUGAUUGGACACCCUGUAUCUUUGAGUGACAGCCAUUUUGAAUAAGGAAUAACAUCUUAGGUCAUGCUUCAUAUUUACUAUUUUAUGUUACUUUUGAGUUAUUUAAUAACUCCCAAGAGCUCUAUUCCUGGGUUGAUUAAUCCUUCGAAACACUGUCCUUUAUAUUAUAUAUUAAUUAAUCUGUGUUUAUAUUUAAAGGGACCAUUUCUUACUUUAAGAUAAGAAGGGAUUCUGUUCUAAAUCAUGGUAUGCCUCUUCAAGUAUUUAGCUUUUUUUGUGGAAGUUUCUAAAAGGGAUUUUAAUAUUUUAACUGUAGGUAUUUUACUAUUUGUAUGUUUUGCACAUCAUGUAUAUCAGUUAGUAAACAUGCCAUUUAUUAUUAUGCAUUUGAAUAGACUGAAAACAAACAGCAAGGCCAGUCAUAGAUCUCUCAAGGCUUCCACUUAGCACAGUCUGCUCUAUUAAGAUGUUUUAUUUCCACUUAGUUAGCACAGUCUGCUCUAUUAAGAUGUUUUAUUUCCACUUAGUUAGCACAGUCUGCUCUAUUAAGAUGUUUUAUUUUCGAUGCCACCCUAGAAGUGGGGAUUUUGUGCCACAGGUAGAAAUGCCAACCUUCUUGACAGCAGCAUGCUGUCAGUAUAUAGAUUGUAAAAGAGUCAUUUGAAUACACUGUGUAGCACAAAGAAUCUGGUCAAAAGCACUGAAACGUUGCUCUACUCGGCUUGCACUUAUGUUUUAACCCUGAAUCUUGGUAGUUAGAUAAAGCUCCAACAGCGUUAAAUGGCGUGUGGUGUGUAUAAUUCAGGGAGAAGUCAACCAGGCAAGAAUGAACCCCAAUUCAUCUCUUUUUUUUAAAGCUGCAACAACCAUAUUUAUUUGUUGUCCCUACUGUAAGUGAAAGAUCACAAUUGAUUUGGUACAAAACAAUGCACUUAUGUUUUUGUUAUUGUUGUGAUUAAUAUAACAAUGUUUACGUUCUUAUUUUAUUUAUGUAAUUUGAGAAUGUAUGUGGAAGGUAUACACCAAGCAUUUUGUGUCAUAUUUUUUCAAAAAGGGACUUUUUAUUUGUCCAACUGUUCCAUGGGACUAACUUUUGUUUAAAGUUUAUAUAGUUUCGGUUUCUGUGUGAUAUUGCACUUUUGUAGUCCACACGCACUGUUCUUUCCCACUUCCUUAAAAAAUAGCCAAACAGGCCUCAGGAGUAGCAUUUACUUUGCUCACAUUGAGUCAAGCUUGAGGGAGAAUCCAUACUCUCCCACCCUGGCUUCAGUCUGCAGCCCCACCCCCACCUUACCAAUGUGUAAGGCUGAUUAACCACAGCUUUUGAACUUGGUCAUCAUUACCGUGAUGACUAUACUAUAACCACGACCCCUUUGUAUCGUUGCUAGGACUAAUGCAUUGCAGUGCACUGAAUGAAUCUGAUUAAUGCAUGUUAGUAGCUCUCAAAAAGAAACUGAUGUCUCAUAAGAGGAUUUCAACUUAGUAUUAGCCAAAUGCUUGUGCAUUGAAACCGGUGACACAGCCUGUGUCUGUCACUCCAGCCAAGAGCUUGUACAUGCGCCCGGAGAAACGGAAUGUGUUUUAGUUAGGGGGGAAAUAGUCUACCAUAGAGGAACAUGAGGGACUAGAACAGAGGCAAUAUACACUAUAUCAAAUAAACUGCACUGUUUAUUUUUUUCAAAAGGGCUUUGGAUCAAAGUGAAUACCAAUAAUGAAACUUAUUUAAAGUCCAUAUAAAUAAUGUAAAUAUGUGUAUGUAGAUUAUGUAUACAUACAGUGCAAACUAUAUACUCUGAUACUACUUUUUAUACAUGUACGUAAGUCUGUAAAGGGAAAAAGGAGUAAUGACGUAUGUGUACAUCAGUCCAAGCUCAGCUUCAGAGCAAAGGCUGAGGCUUACCACUGUGUGUUUACGAUCAAAUACAUCUGUAUGUGAACACAGAAUGAAACACAGAAGCACCUGAAUUUCAAUUCUGUGCUAUUGUAGAUGUGGAUAACACCAAGGGGGUUCAUGAUAAACCUUAUUGAGAAUGCGUGUAUCAUUAAAAUGUUUGUAUUAUUUUGUAUCUGAACAAGGCGGUGAGAAGGGGGGGCGGCAUGUGAACACCUCUGAUUACAACUGGAUAUCUAUGCAUUAUCAGAUAAAACAUUUUAAUUAACACUGAAGUGGUGUGUUAAACUGGUAUCUCAAAUGGAACAAUGAGACAUGGGCCCAUUUGAGCUUUCGGGCUUUUAGAACGCACUCUACUCGAGUGCUGCACUUGAACAUCCUGGUUUCGCUUCUCAGGGUGGCUUAGCGGCAACGUCCAGGCCUAGCGUCUUGUCUGAAACAUGGCUUUUAGGGAGGCAGAGAAGUGUCACUGUGUUUGUACCUACCGGGUACACAAAGAAUGAGUGUGAGGUUGUCUAUGGAAAGUGUUAUAGGACAUACUGAGG